AUGAAGUGGCUGGUCCUUGCCCUGGUGUGUCUUCACCUCUGUGAAGGCAUUGUCAAAGUUCCACUGAAAAGAUUCAAGUCCAUGCGGGAGGUCAUGAAGGAGAAAGGUGUUCUUCAGGAUUUCCUUGAAAAAUAUCACUUUGACCCAGCCAGCAAGUACUUGAACAACUUUGCCACUGGCUAUGAGCCUCUUGCUAACUACAUGGAUAUGUCCUAUUAUGGCCAGAUCAGCAUCGGAACUCCACCCCAGAGCUUCUUGGUACUCUUUGACACUGGGUCAUCCAACCUCUGGGUACCAUCCACCUAUUGCCAGAGUCAAGCUUGCACAAAUCAUCCACUAUUUAACCCCAGCCAGUCUUCCACUUAUUCCACCAAUGACCAAACCUUCUCUCUGCAAUAUGGAACUGGUAGUCUCACUGGGAUCUUUGGCUAUGACACAGUAACAAUCCAGGGCAUUUCCAUCACCAACCAGCAAUUUGGCCUGAGUGAGACUGAGCCUGGCACUAAUUUUGUUUAUGCCCAGUUUGAUGGCAUCCUGGGUCUUGCUUACCCCGCCAUUUCUGCUGGUGGUGCUACCACUGUAGUUCAGGGGCUGCUGCAGGAGAACCUUCUGAAUUCCCCAGUUUUCAGCUUCUAUCUGAGUGGGCAAGAGAGCACCCAGAAUGGUGGUGAACUUGUUUUGGGAGGAGUUGACUCCAACCUCUACUCUGGUGAAAUUGUCUGGACUCCAGUCACCCAAGAAGCUUACUGGCAAAUUGGAAUUCAAAGCUUCUAUAUUGGUAAUCAGAUCUCUGACUGGUGCAGCCAGGGAUGCCAGGCAAUUGUAGACACCGGAACAUCCCUCCUCACUGCUCCACAACAGGUCUUUGGAGAACUGAUGCAGUACAUUGGAGCUCAGCAAGAUAGCAAUGGACAGUACGUGGUCAGCUGCAGCAACAUUCAGAGCAUGCCCACCAUCACUUUUGUCAUCAGUGGGAAUAGUUUCCCUCUGAGUCCUUCUGCCUACAUCCUUGAGAACAAUGGUGGUUAUUGCAGUGUUGGCAUCAUGCCCACUUACCUGCCAUCCCAGAAUGGGCAACCUUUGUGGAUCCUUGGUGAUGUCUUCCUCAGGUCCUACUACUCCGUUUAUGAUGUGGGCAACAACCAGGUUGGCUUCGCAGCAGCAGCAUAAGCACAUCCAACCAUCCUCUUCAUUCCAGGCUGCUUCUGGUUUCUUCCACAAUUAUUCUUCAUGCCACUACACACAAAGUACA